AUGAAGUCCAUAAUCAUCGCCCUCCUCGCUGUCGCCAGCACAGCCAGUGCCCACUACACCUUCCCCGAGCUCACUGUCAAAGGGCAGAAGACCGGUCAAUGGAGUUAUGUCCGCAAGACGGCCAACUACCAAUCCAACGGCCCUACAACCGACGUAACAGCCAACGCCAUCCGCUGCUACGAGCUCUCCCCUGGCACAGGAUCAAAAACCUACACCGUCAACGCCGGAGAUUCCGUCGGCUUCACAGCCGUAUCCAGUAUUUCGCACCCAGGACCACUGCAAUUCUACCUCGCGAAAGUGCCAGAGGGCAAGACGGCCGCGGACUGGGAUGGAAGCGGUGAUGUGUGGUUCAAGAUCUACAGUCAAGGUGCUACUUUCUCUGGUGGACAGAUGAGCUGGCCUUCAAGUGGUAAACAAGAAGUCUCAGUCCCUCUCCCCAAAUCUCUUCCUUCAGGCGAAUACCUCAUGCGCGUCGAGCACAUCGCGCUACACUCUGCUUCGGCGAUCGGCGGCGCGCAAUUCUACAUCUCGUGUGCGCAGUUGAAGGUUGAGAAUGGAGGCAGUGGAACACCGGGACCCAAGGUUGCUUUCCCAGGGGCUUAUAAGGCGGAUGAUAAGGGCAUUCAACUGAACAUUUACUACCCUGUUCCUACGAGUUACACCCCGCCUGGACCGGCCGUUUGGAGUGGAUAG